AAGCCUCGACUGUGCGUUUCCCGUGCUGAUUGUGAUAAGGGAAUAUAUUUGAUAAGAGGGACAGUUGUAAUCGAGUGUGAAUGUAAAGCGGACAAUGUUUUUUGUUACGUGAAGUGAAUCUCAGAAGUGCGAAGAUGGCUGGUCAGAUUCAAUUAUCGGACCUGGUUUGGAUAAAGCCCCAGGGUAAUACGGAAUUCGAUAUUCCUGUAGCGGUAAAGGUCCUUAAAACGAGCGGUGAUAUAAUAGAAGUACGGGACGAUGAUGGUAAGGUAUAUACGACGUCGAUUAAUAAUGUCCUGAAACCGUUACAUGCCACUUCGAGGACAGGAGUUGAGGAUAUGAUCACCCUCGGCGAACUUCAAGAGUAUACAAUCCUACGUAAUCUUCACAUAAGAUACAAUCAGCAACUAAUAUACACAUACACAGGUUCUAUGUUAAUAGCUAUAAAUCCAUACGAAAUAUUGCCUAUAUAUACAAUGGACCAGAUACAUUUUUAUCAGACUAUAAGAGACGGCGAUGUAUUGCCCCCACAUAUAUUUGCUAUAGGAGAAAAUUCAUACAGAGAGUUAAAAGAGAGUACUGUAAAUCAGUGCAUAGUAAUUAGCGGAGAAAGUGGCGCUGGUAAAACUGAGAGUACCAAAUUGCUGCUGCAGUACCUGGCAGCGGCUAGUGGAAAGCAUUCAUGGAUUGAACAACAAAUUCAAGAAACAAAUCCAGUAUUAGAGGCAUUUGGUAAUGCUAAAACAGUAAAAAACGACAAUUCGUCCAGAUUUGGAAAAUAUAUUAACAUAUAUUUUAACAAGCAGGGUAUAAUCGAAGGUGGCAAUAUAGAGCAAUACCUUUUAGAAAAAUCGCGUAUUGUCUUUCAAAAUCAAGGUGAAAGAAAUUACCACAUAUUUUACGCCCUUGUCGAGGGAUUGUCUUCUGAAGAAAAAAAGAAAUUAGACUUAGGUCGUCCGACCGAUUACAAUUAUUUGAACUCUGGAAAUAUGGUUACAUGUCAAGGCCGUAACGAUAGUCUGGAGUUUGCCGACAUAAGGUCCGCUUUUAAAGUUCUUAAUUUUACUGACAAUGAAGUGUGGUCUAUAUUUUGCCUUCUUUCCGCCAUAUUGCAUUUGGGGAACUUGAAAUUUAAAAGCUUUAGUGUAAAUAAUAUUGAGUCAUCGGAAGUUGCUGAUAUGGUCAAUGCAACUAGAGUUGCAAAUCUUCUAGGAGUAAACAAAUCGGUUCUUUGUGAAGCAUUAACAAGAAAGACAUUCGUAGCACAUGGGGAAAAAGUUGUGUCUAAUGUAAACGUUUCCGCAGCAUUGGACGGUAGAGAUGCACUUGUUAAGGCAAUUUAUGGACAUAUUUUUGACUAUAUAGUCACAGUUAUAAAUAAAACGCUACACAAAGAUCAACAGUUAUCAAGCAAUUCAGUUGGUAUUCUAGAUAUAUUUGGAUUUGAAAAUUUUGAAUCAAACAGUUUCGAGCAACUUUGCAUCAACUAUGCAAACGAAAAUUUACAGCAAUUUUUUGUGAAGCAUAUUUUCAAAAUUGAACAAGAGCAGUACCAGAAGGAAGGUAUAACUUGGACUAAUAUUAAUUACGUUGAUAACCAAGAAAACCUAGAUCUGAUUGGAUUAAAACCGAUGAACUUGCUUUCACUCAUAGAUGAGGAAUCAAGAUUUCCUAAAGGCACUGAUUUAACAUUGCUCAGUAAACUUCAUAGCAACCACAGUAAUAAAGCUUGUUAUAUAGCUCCUAAGUCAACACAUCAACACAUAUUUGGUAUUAAACAUUUUGCGGGAAACGUACAAUAUGAAGUAAAAGGUUUCUUGGAUAAAAACAGAGACAUGUUAACUGCUGAUAUAAAAGAAAUGAUAUUAGAUUCAGGCAAUUCAUUUCUCAAAAAUUUGUUCAGUAUUGAUACCGUGUCUACACAGAGUGGCAGUAGGAAGACAAUUUCACUGAGUCACCAAUUCAAAACAUCUUUAGAGUCUUUGAUGAAAACUUUGUACGCAUGCCAUCCAUUUUUUGUUCGGUGUAUUAAGCCUAAUGAAUUUAAAAAGCCAAAGGUUUUAGAUCGAGCACUAUGUGUUCGACAAUUAAGAUAUGCUGGGUUGAUGGAAACUGCAAAAAUUCGACAAGCUGGAUAUCCCAUUCGCUAUUCAUACUAUGAGUUUGUGCAUCGUUAUCGUCUCAUAGUACCUGAUAUACCACCAGCGGAGAAAACAGACUGUAAAAUUGCUGCCAAGAAAAUUUGCAGUCAAGUAUUGAAAGAUGACGACUUUCGUCUUGGACACACAAAAGUAUUUCUUAAAGACACUCACGACGUUUUGCUUGAGGAAUUAAGGCAUAAAGUGUUGAUAAGAGCUGUCAUUAAAGUGCAAGCAAAUGCCAGAAGAUUUGUUCUUAGGAAACGAUUCCUCAGAUUACGAGAUGCUGCUAUCACCAUUCAAAAGCAUUUCCGUGCUCGUGGCUACAGAAAAAAAUACCUCAUUAUGAGAAGAGGAUAUUUACGCUUGCAGGCAGCUAUCAGAUCUAGAGAACUGAGAAAGACUUUUGUAAACUUGCGAAAAUUUAUUACAAAAUUUCAAGCGCAUUGCAAAGGUUACCUUGUUAGAAAAAUGAUUACAGAAAAGGGCGAAAUUAUUAGAGCAAAAUUGGCCGAAUUGAAAAAAAAUAAAGAUGAAGCACUACGUACAGGUAUAAUUAGUGUCGAUGUUGCUGAAGAUAACUACGAAAAAGACAUAAACGAUCUGAUGAAAACUAUAUGGAUUACAAAGGAAGAUGCAACAGAAAAUAGCGCUCAAAACUUGGCGAUGAUAGAUGAUAAAUAUGUAGAUGAUGUCUUUGGAUUUCUCCAAGAUACUGGUACUCCACGUGGAACAAUACGUGGUACUGGAUUUGGCGUGACUUCCACUCCUCAACCCGAAGGACAAGUAAUACCGAUUCCAGAAGAAGUUCAAGAAGAACCUAUUGAUGAGUACAACUUCAGGAAAUUUGCCGCUACAUACUUUUUAGGAAACACGAAUUAUCAAUAUUCCAGAAAACAGCUGAAACACUCACUUUUAGAAUUGCCGUCACCAAUAGAUAAAGAAGCUGCACUCGCUUUAUGGACCACAAUAUUAAGAUUUAUGGGAGACUUGCCAGAACCAAGAUAUGUAGACGAUAAAGUUGACAAUAUGCCUGUUAUGACUAAGCUUUCAAAUACUGUGGGACGUGCAUUCCAAAAGAGCAAAGAAUUUGAGGAACUUUUAGGUCAGGAGAGCAACACAAAUAAUAAAAAAAUGAUAAAUAAGACACUAAAGCGACAGACGAAGUUAAAUGAAGAGCUUAUGAAAAGCUUAUUAAACGACGAAAUUACUAUUGAAAUGUACAAUAAUUGGUUACAUGCUAAACGAAGUUCCAAUCUAGAAAAACUUCACUUUAUAAUUGGACAUGGAAUUAUUAGAAAAGAAUUAAGAGACGAAAUAUUCUGUCAAAUAUGCAAACAACUGACUAAUAAUCCAUCGAAAGCAUCACAUGCUCGUGGUUGGAUAUUGCUGUCACUAUGUGUCGGCUGCUUCUCGCCCUCGGAAAGAUUUGUAAAUUAUUUACGAUCCUUUAUUCGUGGAGGUCCUCCUGGGUAUGCACCAUAUUGUGAAGCUAGACUUUUACGAACAUUUAAGAAUGGCUCUAGAACCCAACCACCCAGUUGGUUGGAAUUACAAGCAACAAAAACGAAGAGACCAAUACUUUUAACGGUUACCUUGAUGGAUGAGUCAGUAAAAACUAUUCAGUCUGAUUCAGCAACUACAGCGGAAGAAAUCUGUCAACAAAUUGCAGAUAAUAUAGGCUUAACUGAUGUAUUUGGUUUUUCCCUGUAUAUAACUUUGUAUGAUAAGGUUUUGUCUUUAGGAAGUGAAGGAGAACACAUAAUGGAUGCAAUUUCCCAAUGUGAGCAAUUUGCUAAGGAACAAGGCACACCUGAGAAAAAUGCUCCGUGGAGGCUUUUUUAUCGAAAAGAAAUAUUUACUCCUUGGCAUAACCCAGUUGAAGAUGCAGUUGCUACUAAUUUAAUUUAUCACCAAGUAGCAAAGGGUGUCAAAUUCGGAGAGUAUCGAUGCGAUUCAGAGAACGAUUUGGCUAUGAUUGCUGCUCAGCAACAUUAUGUUGAAUAUGGAUCACGGAUAGACCCAAAUGUUUUACGCAAAGUUAUUGUAAAUUAUAUACCAAAUCAAUUUAUUCAAUCUAAUGAUGCUGCGUUAACUAAGUGGGAACAUUUAGUUACAAAAGCAUUUGAGUCCUCUCAGAGUAUAAAAUCAAAAAUAAACCCAUUAAGGUGCAAAGAAGAUAUUGUAAUAUUUGCAAAACUUAAAUGGCCUAUGCUUUUCUCCAGAUUUUUUGAAGCUAUGAAAGUUAAAGGUGACACUAUCAAUAAAGAUAUUGUUAUAAUAGCUGUGAAUUGGACGGGGAUCUAUAUUGUAGAUCAGUCCGAGACCAUUCUUCUUGAAAUUACAUUUUGCGAAAUAACUUACGUUGCGUACAACGAAGACGAACAAUAUGAUAAUGUAGGUAGAAUAACAAUUCGAACAAUACAACAAGAAGAAUUUGAAUUUCAAAGUGUUGAUGCUAGUGAAUUGAGCUCUCUUAUAAUAUAUCUUAUCGAUGGACUGAAAAGGAGAUCUAUAUAUGUAAUCGCCCAAAGUGAUGCUCAAGGCUAUAGUGAUGCAUCAUCUUUUUUGCAAUAUAAAAAAGGAGAUUUUAUAACACUUUUACAAGAUUGCAAUGGUGAAACCUUAAUGAAUUCUACAUGGGGUCAUGGCACUUGUAAUGGUCAAGAAGGACUUUUCCCUACGGAGCAAGUAUACAUUUUGCCAACAUUAACCAUUCCAAGUGACAACGUUUUAAGUAUAUUUAAAAAAGGUAAUAUAAACGCUAACAAAAAACUAAAAUCGUUGUAUAACACAGCACAGAGGAAGAGAAUGUACACUCUAGAAAACUUUGCUAAAGAAAAUUUUAGAGAGAAUAAAGAAAGCAAUACACACAUUAGUGGGCAUUCAACAUUAACUACGGCUAAGAAGGGGAUAUUACCUGACCUAUGGGUCCACAGCCGAGAACCAAUUCGUAAACCUUUAUUAAAAAAACUAUUAGAAAAUGACCAGCUUUCAAAACACGCGGUUAUCGCUUACAUCGGAAUUCUAAAGUAUAUGGGAGACAUGCCUGCUCCAAAAGCAAGGGCGGUUACGGAAUAUACAGAUGAAAUAUUUAAAUCAGCAAUUACAGAAUCCGCACUUAGAGAUGAAAUAUACUGCCAAAUAAUGAAGCAACUUACUAAUAAUAAGAUACAACUCAGUGAAGAACGAGGCUGGGAGCUGAUGUGGCUGGCUACUGGUGUUUUUGCAUGUGGACCAACUCUACUAAAAGAGUUAGUGGAAUUUCUUAAAACUCGACCGCAUCCUAUUGCUAAAGAAUGCUUAAAACGUGUUUUUAGGAUUCAAAAGAGUGGACCAAGAAUGUAUGCUCCAUAUGUUGUAGAGGUUGAAGCUAUUCAACAUAGAAGUUUGCAGAUAUAUCAUAAAGUAUAUUUUCCAGAUGAUACAGAUGAAGCUUUCGAAGUAGAUUCUGCCACUAAAGCUAAGGAUCUUUGUGAGCAAAUAACUGGAAGGUUAAGCCUGAAGAAUAGCGACGGAUUUAGUUUGUUCGUAAAAAUUGCCGAUAAAGUAUUUUCUGUUCCCGAAAAUUACUAUUUCUUUGAUUUUGUCUAUGAACUAGUAGAAUGGAUGAAGCAGACACGUCCUAUUCGAGGAAGUACACUAGUUCAGAUGAAUUACCAGAUAUUUUUUAUGAAAAAACUGUGGAUUAAUACUGUUCCUGGUAAAGAUAAAAAUGCAGAUCAAAUAUUCUACUUCCCACAAGAGUUGCCCAAGUACUUACGAGGUUAUCAUAAAACAUCUAAACAGGAUCUUGUCGAGUUGGCAGCUCUUGUUUAUAAAGCGAGAUUUGGUAAUGACACAUCUCUCUUAUCUCAAAUUGGCGAUCUUUUGGAAGAAUUUAUACCACCAGACAUGGUCAGGAUACAGUCUAAAUCUGCAUGGAAAACAUCAAUCAGCAAUGCCUAUCAAUCGAUCAAUUUCAUGGCAGAAAACGAAGCCAAGGAAGCAUUUCUUCAGAAAAUUUACCAGUUACCAACAUUUGGUACAGCAUUCUUUGAAGUUAAACAAACAUCAGAUCCAUCGUAUCCCGAAUUGGUUAUUAUUGGAAUAAAUAAAAAUGGAGUCAAUGUUAUUCAUCCUCAAAGUCGGGAUGUAUUGGUAACCCAUCCGUUCUCCCAAAUAUCUAAUUGGUCAUCUGGUAACACAUUCUUCCACAUGACCAUGGGCAAUUUUCUUCGAGGAACGAAGAUACUAUGCGAAACUUCCCUGGGAUACAAAAUGGAUGAUUUGAUAUCGUCAUACAUUGCUAUAUUGCGGCAAUCUUUAGCACAAAAUUCCCGAACCACAUUAAGAGAAGCACUGUGAUUUGUACAUAUUUACGAAAAGUGAAUAUACUUACCUAAUUAAUUAAAUAUAAAAUAUUUUUUAAUUAUGUUUACAUUGAUGACUUAUGAAUAAGUAAUUUCAAUACCUAGUAAUAAGUAUGUAUUAUUGUAAUUUAAUUUAACUUUUGAUGUCUCAUUGUUCCUAAUUAUUAAAACCAAAUAAAGAAAGUACAGUUAG